GGCAUGUCCGCGGCGGCGGGGCUGGAGCGGCCGCAGGUGGUGUCGCACGUCCAGCAGGCGCUGAGCUACACCGUGUUCGACUGCAAGUGGGUGCCCCGCAGCGCCCGCCUGCUGUGCCUGGGCAGCGCCGCCCGCGGCACCGGGCUCGUCCAGCUGUACGAGCUGCACGGAGCCCGCCUGGAGCUGCUGCGGGAGAUUGAAAAGCCCAAACCUAUAAAAUGUGGGACUUUUGGUGCUACAUCUCUGCAGCAAAGAUACUUAGCUACAGGAGAUUUUGAUGGAAACCUUAACAUAUGGAAUUUAGAAGCUCCUGAAAUACCAGUGUAUUCUGUGAAAGGUCAUAAGGAAAUCAUAAACAGUAUAGAUGGUGUAGGUGGCUUAGGAAUUGGGGAAGGUGCACCAGAAAUUGUGACUGGCAGUCGAGAUGGAACUGUGAAGGUGUGGGACCCGAGGCAGAAUGACACUCCUGUGGCUAAUAUGGAGCCUGUACAGGGGGAGAGCAAAAGAGACUGCUGGACUGUGGCAUUUGGCAACGCUUACAAUCAAGAGGAACGUGUUGUAUGUGCUGGAUAUGACAAUGGGGACAUUAAAUUGUUUGACUUAAAAACCAUGUCACUACGAUGGGAGACCAACAUUAAGAAUGGGGUUUGCAGUGUGGAGUUUGACAGAAAAGAUAUAAAUAUGAAUAAGCUGGUGGCGACAUCACUUGAAGGAAAAUUCCAUGUUUUUGAUAUGAGAACUCAGCAUCCAACCAAAGGUUUUGCAUCUGUUUCAGAGAAGGCACAAAAAUCUACCAUUUGGCAGGUUCGGCACCUGCCACAGAACAGAGAUAUAUUUAUGACAAGUGGAGGGUCUGGGAGCCUUCAUCUCUGGAAAUAUGAGUAUCCAGCCCAGCGCUCGAAGAAGGAUUCAGAAGGAUCUGAGAUGGGGGUGGCAGGGUCUAUUAGCCUCUUGCAAAAUGUCACUCUGUCAACACAGCCCAUCUCUAGCCUGGACUGGAGCCCUGACAAAAAGGGACUGUGUGUCUGUGGGGCUUUUGACCAAACUGUGAGGGUGCUGAUAGUUACAAAGCUUAACAAAAUUUGACAAAGAAAACUAGAAUUUCUGAUGGGAAAGCAAUAUAGUUUGCAGUCUGUAAAUAUGGGAGGGGGAGCCCUUCUAUUUCUAAUUUAAUUUCUUCCUUAAUAAAGCUGGAUUAAAGAAAUAGAAGCCAGAUUUUUCUAUUGAAAGUUCAGACAUGUGCAGUUAAGAGUUGUUUUGCUGAUUGUGCUGUGAUGGCUUGAAGUUGCCUGGGCACAAAAUUUAACCUUCUAGUAAUGUGAAUUUACACUUAAAAUAAAAUGUGCCUUUGUGUUAACACAGGUCUGUAAUUUCAGAGUUCACUUGGGUUUGUGUUCAGUUUAUUCAUAGUGAUCUCUUCACACUUGUUAAAUGUUUGUUCUAUUAUAUAUAUAGUAUUGUCCACAUUCAUUCAUGCAAUGGGAACUACAACAGAACUAUUUGUGUUAUUGGAUUUAUUAAUUUGAAUGUCUGUUAAAGUGACUUAGGCUUCUUUAAUACAAUAGAGAAAUUAUAACAAAGGCUAAAACAUCCAGGUUUAAUGGAGUAAGGUUUUUAUUGAAGCUCAUACUGAAAAUAAACUAUCGAGCAAAAUGCACUGUUUUAUUAUUUUAGUUUGGCUUCCUAUUAAGUUUAUAUGUUCUGUUGUUUUUAUACCUGUUUUCAAAAUUAUAUUCUACAAAUAAAAUUAUAUAUAAUGUUUUCUUAAUAUGAGAAAAGUAUAUUAUUGAAAUAAGAGAUUUAGAGAAGUAAUAUAUAGAAAAAUCUCACAGGAUAUUAAACCCUAGACUUUGUGGAAUGGAGAAAUCCUUCAUGGCUGUGUAGCAGAGGGUGGGCAAGAGGAACAUUUCAGUAAACAAUAAACACAGUGUGUCUGUGGAAGUCCUUGGUUUUAGUAGGUCACUGGUACUCUCCUCUAGCUUGUCUACAAACUUAGGUUCUUGUAUCUCAGAUUUAGCAACGACCAGCAGGAAUGAAAACACAGGCAAUGUAGGCCAAAUAUUUUGUGGAAGACAAAGAUUUAUGAGAUUCAGCUGUCUUCCCUAAGACUUGAUGGUUUGCUUGCAAGUGCAGUAUUUAGUAUAUGAUUUUUUUUUUGACCCAAGUAAUUCCACCUCCUUUUGUGCAUAGUGUGUAAUGUACAGAACAGAUCCUGAAAUUAUUUUAAAUGUCCUUCUUAGAGUGCAGUCCAGCAGGAGAGAAUAGGGGAAACCACUACUCUGCAUUCUUAGCUGCAGCUUGCUUUCAGGUGUGGAAUUCAAAGACUUCAAGUGCUUUGAGUCUAAAAUGUCUGUUCAAAGAUGGCUUCUGUUAGCUUUGUGCUGUAAAUAAAAUAUACUCACUGAAAGGUGUGAAAGGCAGUGGAAAUAUAUGGAAAUAUGGCUUCUCUCUUU